ACAAAACUGUCAGUAUGUUGGCUAGCCUGUAUCCAGUCACAGGGCCUAAAAAUCAGAAGUAAAUUCGUCGUCUGUGAACAAAGACACACCAGAGAAAUUGGAAAAAAUGCUACCAGAAAUCCUAACAAAAUUUCACUGAUUCGAUUUCGUUCCCUAACAAAAUUUUCUUUUGGGUCCAAAUUAAAAAACGAAACCAUUUUCCUUCGAGUGUCUCCGCGUUUGUCGCUUGAAUUCGGUCUAGUCCUCUCAGGCAGAUCCCAGCUCCAGUAACCUCCUAGUCGCCAUGGGUAAGAAGGGCAAGGGAAAAGGUAAAAAGGGCAAAAAGGGUAAGAAGCCUGUGGUUGUGGCACCGGUGGAACCCCCACCGUGUCCGCCAUGUCCAGAGCUGCCGAAGCAAAUGCAGCCGCUGGACGCUUGCCCAGAGUCCGCCGGGCCGCACGAUGUGCACCGUGCCCAGCCGAACCACUAUCCGGCCCUGCUACGCAUACCUGAGACAAUGGCGGUGGUGGGAUCGGAGAACGGGUGCUACGAUAGCAUCUGCAAGCUUCUCAGGGCCGGCUUCCGGUGCGCGGAGCGUGUCUUUGUGAUGGCUCCAUGGGGCAACUAUGUGGUGUUCCGCUACCAUAACAACAAUGACUUUAUAUACUUCUUGUAUGAUGGCUGCACCUGCGAUGUGAAUCGAUUCCGAUACUUGGACCUUAGCUGCGGCACUGCCGGCUUCCUCUUCAUGGAAGCCCUGCACGAUGUCAUCAGCUAUAUCCUUCAGUCGAGGAAGACGCGUCUCUAUCUGGAGAAUCUCAACAAGAUUGCCAUUGACCAGAUCGUCGAGGAGUAUGGAGCGGUCACCUACACCCAGAAGUCCAAGUGCAUGCGGUUCGCCUGAGAUGAGGUGACCAGGGGACUCUUGAUCCGAAAAGGAACCAGAAUGAAGCCAACCCGUUAACCAUCCGAAUUGAAUGCUCUGCUAGAGCAUAGCCCUUCACCACGGUAGCAAAUACUCUGGAUCAUUACAGUAAAUAAUUAAAUUUAGAUAUCAAGCCA